AUGCAGUAGAAACAUAUAAAAUAUAAAUCUCUUCAUUUUAAGGCUUAUGGGAGUGACAAUGGAUGUAGUUUGGAUAGUAUUAAUUAAAUUAAUCUUUUAGAUUUAAUUGCAGAUAAUGGAACAUUUAUAGUAAGUGCUGAAAUUAAUGCAAUUAGUAUAUUUAAAUCUGAUAUCAUUAUGAAAUCAUUAAUACCAGAGUAAGAGAUCUUGGUGUAAAAAGGAAAUAUAUAAUAAGAGAGAUAAUUUGUUGGAUUGAUUUUGAUACUCAUUUUUGCAAAUGCUUUUGAUAUUUUAUAGUUUAAUUGUAUCUUUGAUAUUAUUACAAUCAUGAGUUUGAAGGUAUCAUAAUAUAUAUUAUGA